AUGGAAACUAAGUUAUUAAUUACAGACAUUAAAAAAAAAAUUGAGGAAAAAGAAAAGGAAAUCCGAGAAGUUUGGGAAAAAAUUAGAAAAGAAAAAGAGGGACCGAAAGAAGAAAUUAUUGAAGAGUUGAAAGGGAUUAAACGCACUACCGUUGAUAUUUUGGGACAUGACGAACCCACUAUAUUACAAAAAUUAUUUCAAUUGACCGGAGUUGACCCGGUUCAAAUAUCUUUUCGGAAUGAAAAAAUAAUGCAACUUUUCACUCAGGCUGAUACUUUGGGAAUACCCGAAUUUGGCACUGAUUUUGUCAAAAGAAAUCUGCUAACUCCUUUGAAACCAACUAAAUUUUCGCAUUUAGUCCAAAUUUCCGUUGAUAACCGAAAGGCUUUUAUUGCUACCGAGUUCAUUCGGAAAGGAAAGUGGGAUAAAUUAAGUGAAAGUAUUAAACAAGAAAUUAAGGAUAAAUUAAAUGAUAAAGAAGGGGAAAUUUAUUUUUCUAUCCUCAUUUAUUAUCCUCCCGAAUUUUAUUCGGUCUUAUUAACUUACCACGCCACAGUUUACGAUAUUUGGCUAAUGACUUUGGAUUUAGAAACUAUUAAUUUUCGUUUAGAAAACUUGUUAAGUAAUAUUUCGGUUUAUAAAAGUAAUGAAAAAGAACUAUUUUCAAUUAUUAAGGUUUUUGAGGAAUUAAAUAAGGAAGGGAAAAGAAUGCAAAAAACUAUCGGCAAAAAUAAGUCCUUUUGGGAAGCGUGGGAGAGAAUGAAUAUUGAAAAAGUUUUAGCCAAAAUAUAUGAAAAGAUAAAUAAUUCAGGGAAUAAAAUGAUUUUGGAAAUGGAAUUGAAAGAAUUAAGUUUUUCGCGUGGAUUAGAUUUCAAUAAGUCAGAAAUCAGAGAUUUUAAAAUUGAAAACAAUACUAUUUAUUUUCCGAUUACUGCCAUUACCGGGAUUGGAGAAAAGUUGGCCGAAAAAAUUAUCACUUAUCGGCAAGAAAAAGGGAAAAUCGGAAGCAAUUGA